AGCGGCGACGAAUUUUUCCGAGGACACGUGUUUUUGCAUCGUGUACGGACCGUUUGGCUCUUGGCUCCUAAGAAAGGCGAAAUUUGUGCACGGUUGAACGUUGUUUCGUGUACGUUUUGUUAGUAAUUUAUGUUAAUACAACAUUUCAAACAAUGCCGCGUUCCGUUGUUAACAAUUUUGAUGAAGAUUACGAACCCAAAGCAGUCUCUAAGGCUCCCAGAACACGAGCAGCAGUUGCAGCAUCCGUUUCGGAUUCUCCAUUGCGCCGAAGUACUCGAAUCCGCCAUGGUUCUGUUAAUCCUGAUGGCUCAUCGCCAGAAAGUGUAGAAGAAACGGCAACAUUAGUAAAAAGAACUACUCGUAGACGCGCGAUUGCUGUCCCAGAACCAACGAGAAACUUGAGAUCACGCAGAAACUCAGCUUCCUCAAGUAUAAGUGAAAAUCCAGAACUAGAAUCGGCGCCUGGAACACCAAGAGCUAACGCACGCUCUACUAGGUACAACCUUCAACAAGACUCGUCGCCUGACUCACCAAAACCUACAGCUAGAACUAGGCGAUCUAUCAGAGCUGUGUCAGAGUCACAGUCACCACCAUCGGUCGGUCGCGUUACACGCCGAACCAGAGCAAGCUCAAUUGAGUCGAAUAUUGAGCAUGCAACAAAAGGUGCAACAGCGUUAAUGCAACACGCUACAUCUGUGCUGAGUACACCUUCGAAGCGACGACGAACACAAGUAUCAGUUGUUCCAUCUGAACCAGUUCUUAAUGAAGAAAUCAAUGAAGAUAAAACUGAUUCUAAGACAGAAAAUGAGUGGAUGAUAAACGAGGACACAAAAAUUGAGAGCAGUCUUGAGAAAACGAGUACGGAACCAUCAACUGCUGAUGGUGGUGGUACCAGAAAAUCGUCAGAGUCGUCUCCCUCAGUAACAUCACCGUGUAACAAAUCUGUAAAUGAGGAAACUAAGGAAUCUGAGUACCAGCUUGGAUCACCUUGUCAAACUGAAACUGCUGAAUCUUCGCCAACUAAUAAGGUAGAAAUCUCAAUCAAGUCAUUACAGAGCUCAUCUUCGCAGAAAAAGAAACAUCAUUCAUUAGACACACCGAAGGAACUGGGACGGAAAAUAGAAAAUUUAUUGAAUAAAUCAACAGAAGAGCACGAACAGAGUCCUGGCAAUAAGGAGAACCAGAAGUUGAACGUUUCCCCUGAAAAAGUCAAGAAAAAUUUAGGGUUCACCGUAUCAAAUGUAAAUAUUAUUAGAGAAUCAAAAUCAGUUGGUUCCGCAUUGUUUGUACGUAACUCUGAUGAAAGAAAAUUGAAUACGUCGUUAGAUGAGCGGGUCCUGUCUAAAUCAUGGCAUGAUACUUCUAUACUGAAGUCCAUAGCAGUUGAAGAUGGCAAAUCUGUAAAUGUGGUUGCGAACACUUCGAGUUCAACUUCUGACGAAAAAACUCAAAAAGAGACUUCUGGCGUUAAAUUUUCAAACACAACUCAGAACAAUUCAGUGUUACAUGAAGAAGGUAAUCAACUUUCUACCAAAGAUCGAGUAGUUCAUAGUGAAGAUGCUGAAUUCAUGAAUGUAACGACCAGUUGUAAAAGACUUGACGAAACAGCUGGUGAGAAUGAAAUUCUGGAAGAAUUUUCCCUGUACGAUUCCAAUGACAGCAAUCACUCCCUUGACCUAAACAAAGAUGGUCUUAACUUUACGGCCAAAAACCAUAUUCCUGAUGUAGACUCUGAAACUAACGACGAAGUUUUUGAAAAACCAAUUAUGCCGAGUCGUAGGUCUAGAAAAAGUGGCAGUGAUAUUGUUGAGAAAAAACAGCGGGAUACGCAAACAAAGAGAUUCUGUUUAAACUUGGAACGAAUUGAUAAUGUUGUCAAGUUUACAACAAAGACCUCGUCCAAAAUAUCGGCAGAUGAAAAUGAUGACAGCUUGUUGACUCCUCAGUCACAGGUGAAACAAGGUAAAAGGAGACAGUCUUUAGAUAAGAAAAAUACCAGUGAUGAAGAAACAGACAAAACCAAUACAUCUCCUUCCAAAAAUGAUCGUCCACUUAAUUCUAACAUUAAAACUCAUGGCGAUAUAAAUUCCAAAAAUCAUGCUAAUGAAGAUGAAUAUCUUGAUGAAAAAGAAUGCAGAGAAAUGAAGAAGCAGGUGGUACGUGAAAAUUCGCCCGCAAAACGGCACUCAAAACAGCUUGAAUUAGUGACACGUGAGAAAGAUCAGCUUUCAGGACACAAUUGUCAAAAUGUAGUUUCUGACAGUGAUGCUAGCAUUGGAAUUGCUGAUUUGUUCCAAGACAUAUCUGCUGAUGAGUGGAAUAAGAAGGGGAAGAAAGAUAUUUCAAAAGCAAGUCCAACCAAAAGUAAUCUGACUCCCACAAUGAAAAAAGUGUCUGAUACUUUAGCAGCAUGUGAAUCAAAGAAUAAAAGUGAUUCUGAAGAGGAUCUAGUUCUUGUAAUGGAUAACUCAGGGGGCAAGAAUUCAAAUAAUAAAGAUUAUUCUAAACACAAUGAAGCUUCAGAUUCUGAUGAAACAGUUAUAGUGGACAAAAGUGCCUAUCGUGGAAAAGCUGAUAAAAAGAGGAGAUCUGCGAGUCAAAAAAUCGCAGAAAAGUUAGAGAAUGAAGAUGUGGACAUGGAUGAAAUGGAAGAAGCAACACAGACUGAAAAAUCGCUAGGCCAAUCUCUGAAUCCGAACGCAUCGAUGGACUGUGGAAUCAGCGAUCAAGCCAAGGAAGAAAGCAAUAGGAAAUCAGUAGCAACAUCUCAGGAAGAAGACGUGGAGAUGCAAGAAAUCCUGAGUGAUGCAGAAACAAUACCUAUAAGUAUAGCAGCUGAAGAAGAGAUUGGAGGUGAACAAGAACCAUUAUCGCCACGAAAGUCUCAGACAGAUAAGAAACGGAAGUCAAAAUCAAAAACACCAAAAAAAUCUAUCGACGUUUACAAAUUUAAUGAAAGUUCAAAAGAUGAGAAGAGCGAUAAAGCAUCUGAUGAAGACUCUGGCGAAGAUGUAAAAAAAAAUGUCGAAAGUUGGGACAAGUCAUCUCCCAUGACACAAACACCUGGUAUGUCGAGGGGCCAUUUGAACAGAAACUACUCCAUCGUAGCUGUUGUAGAUUCUGAUUCUCGCUCCGACAAUCUUGAUGAUUCAGAAGAGGCAAGUUCGGACGAAAACCUUCCAUUAACUGGUUCUCUGUUCAACAUUGAGUCCAGUGAAGACGAAGCUAUUUCUAAUCAAGAUAAAGGUGAUUUCAAUAAUACAAUCGACCCAGAUGUGGCUAAGGAGUUGAAUCUUGCCGGAGAUGACGAUGUUGAGUACUCUGAUGAUAAUGUUGCUGCUGAUGAAUGUCGUGCGUCGGAAUCAGAGCAAUCGGAUGAAGAUGACGAUGGAUCUGACCUAGAAGACUUUGUUGUCGCUGAUGAUGCAGUAGAAUCAUCUGAAGCUUCUGAAGACGAAGUCACAGAAGAAGAAAGUGCGACUGUUAAAAGCAAAUACAGGAGAAUCUUGAAAAAAUCUUCAUCCGAAGAUGAAGCGGAAAAUCAAGAAGAGGGAGAGAAUGAAAAAGAGGGGAAGAAGGCAGAAGAGGAGGAGAAUGAAAAAGAUUACGUCGAAGACAUCGACAACCAAACUGAAACAGAAAGAACAGAUAAGAAAUCAAAGCGAAAAUCGGAUCGUUCAACUCCCGUGUACCGUCGUCAAGUCAGAAGUGAAGAGCUGAUCACAAAAUCCCCAGAAAUCAGCGACGGGCCAGAGAGGUUAAAUUUCUCCCUAAACAGGAAUGAAACUUCAUCUGGUAAAAAGAUAAGGAAAAACACAGUUGUACUAGACUUGGGCAAAGUUGAACGUACGGCAUCGCCACGUGUGGAGGAACUUGAGAAAAGCGUUCCCAAGAAGAAACACUCUAGAGUAGAAUUGUGGUCAAAUAAUACAAUAGAUCUGUGUACACCAGAUCAAAACUCUUCAUCUGAAGUUAAUGAUCAAAACAGAAGUCAAUCUUCUAGUUUAGAUAAUUCGGUUGGUAAAAAGUCUGCAAAGAAACUUAAGCAAAAAAAUUUGGUAGAAGAGUUAGCAAUUUCUACACCUUAUACAAUCAACGUGAUGGAAGAAGGAAACAAAUUGGGAACACCAGAAACUAAAACACCUAAGAGUGGAAAGAAAAUCUCUAAAGAGAAGAGCCCGAAAUCGAACAACAAAAAUCAGAGAGAUUCAAUACAGAUUAUAAGAGAAUCUGAAGUCCUCAAGGCCAAGGUUUCAGACUUGAAUCUAAGCGUAAAAACUCCCAACUCUGAGAGUCCGAUAACGAAAUUUUUGAUGAAAGAAAAACUGAACGAGAGUUUGCCACUGUUGGAAUUAAAUAAAAAGGUGAAAAAACUUUACGAUAAAGAAGGGUUGAGUAAAAUGAAAGAAGAGGAGCUCGUAGAUAAUAAUGCAUCAGAAAUAGAUGAAGAUAAAAAUGAAGAUGAUGCUGAGGAGUUUAACAUUGAAGACAACGAUAUGAACGAUGAGGUCCAAGAAGCAGGUAAUGAAUUGAACGGUAAUCAUGAAGACGAUAAAAGAGACGAUGAAACAGAUGAAGAAUCCGACAAACGUGAGUCGAAUAGAAACGAAGAUGGGGAAAGUGAUAAUGAAGAUGAGGAUGAAGAGGAGGAAGAUUCUAACGACGACGAAGUUUUUGAAAAUGAGAAAAAUAAGUCGAUUACAGAAAUAACAGAACAGCCAGAGACUAAAAUGUUGGAAAAAAGGCGAAAAUCCAAAAGUAAGAAGUUUGAACCAGAACCAGAAGAUAGUAUAAUUAGUCAAAAUGAAAGUAGUAUCACUUCAAAUAGAAAAGCACAAAACAAAGCAUCAACAACAAGCACGAUGAAUGGAGCUGAAAAUUUCACAGAAGAUCCCAGUGAGGAUGAAGAGAAUGCAACGAAAAAACGUAAAUCUUUGAAAGAAUCCACAGCCAGAAAGAAACGUGCAAGAUUAGAAUCCAGUGGAACACCUCAAACCCCACAAUUAACGAAGAAAAUGAGAUUAUUAUCAAACACAGGUAAAUCACAGCAAGAGGAUUCUGAUUCUGAUGAGGGACCUGACAGCAUAGGAUUUCGCGAAGCUCGUACUGAGGCACUUCAAGCAAUGAAAAAUGUUGCGACUAGUUUGAAGGCGGCGAAAGAGGCGAAGAAGAAGAAGAAACAAGAUCAGCUCGAAAGAGUGAGACAGGAACGAGAAGUCAAGGUUGGCAAAAAAUCAGCUUCCAAAGAACCAGCAAUAGGUAGACUCAAGAGGCUACCUGACGAUCUACUCAACAACUUGUCUGACCUACCUCAGAGGCCUCAAAAGAGAAAGAAACUCUCAAAGAAGACGGAACAGAUAAUGCCUUCCAGGCAAAUGUUUGCUCCAGGCGAACCACUUAAAUCAUCAAUACGUAUAGAAAGUCAUUCUUCUCCACUUAGCACUGCCGGUGGAACGACACAGUUCAGCGUAGUCAAUUUACAGAAGGUCAAAAAACAUCCGCCAAAAGCACCAAGCGUUGCUUCAUUCCGAGAGCAGAUGCUGGCUCGUAAUCCCAGACAACCAGUUUCCGCCUUUUUUAUGUACCAAGCAAAACAAAAAGCCUCAGGCAAGCAUCUGUUGUCUCAAAAAUAGGUGUUAAGUAUCUUUGAGAGAUUACGACACUUCUAUUGAAUUUCUUUAGCUUUUUACAAGCUGUAUACCAAUUCCAACUGGCGUUUUCUUUGUAAUAGUACUUUUUGAAUAUUUUCGCGAUACACAUGUUUUUCAUCGAUUGAAAUUUUAUACGCAUGUACGUCAUUACCCGUUAUUGUUCAAUUAUAUUAUUAUUAAACAAUGUUAAAACUGAAAUGAGGCAACAGUCUCUUUCAUUUAAGUUCCAAAUAUUUAGUUCCGUGGAUAAAUUUGCUUUUCUUCUUAUGAUAGUCGUGUUCGUUCUAACAACCGAUUCACUGUGAUACAUAGUAUGUACUGAGCCUGAACCAUUCAUGCGUUUAUUCAUUUUCAUCCUUGGUUCAAAAUGAUUUUGCAGGUAAUUUGCUCGUCAAAUCUACUAUCUAUUAAGAAAGUAAACCAUCCUGUGGGAUUGUUGUCACGACAUUCAUUUUUAUUAUAAUAUAGCCACGAACUAGGCCUAUCAUAUGUUGCUCAUUGGGACAAGUAAUACUGAGUAAUAAAAUGUUUUUAAACUAUUUGAAAUAAAAUAUAUUAUAAUUUCAAAUUCUACCCUUUUUACAAUGAGUGAGAUACAUCCCUGUCUACAAAUCCUACAUAAUGUAUCAUUACUAAAGACAAAAUGUUUGAUCGAAAAUGGACCCAGUUGUUUAUUUUUACCGUUAUCGAACAAUAUGAAUAAUAAUAUUUUUCAUACACUUAUAUCACGUAACAUAUGCCCACAGAGUAAAUAAAAAAAAUAUUUUUAAAACA